CUGCAAAGGGCCGGUCCGUGCAUUGGCGCGCUCCGGUGCGGCAUCCCCCGUCCAGCUCUGCAGAGGCGCUCAGGCUGAAGAUGGCGGGCGUAAGCGGCACUGGUCCCGGCUCCGGUUCUGUUGCUGGCCCGGUCCAGCAGGGGCUCAAGGAGGCGCUGAUGGAGACGCUGACAGCGAUCCUGUCUCCGGUCCAAGAAGUGCGGGCUGCAGCCGAAGAGCAGGUGAAAGUCCUGGAGGUGACGGAGGAGUUUGGAGUGCAUCUGGCGGAGCUGACGGUCGACCCCCAGGGAGCCCUCGCUAUUAGACAGCUGGCGUCUGUGAUACUGAAGCAGUAUGUGGAGACUCACUGGUGCGCUCAAUCUGAGAAAUUCAGACCGCCGGAGACCACGGACAGGGCUAAAGGAGCAAUCCGGGAGUUGCUUCCGAGCGGCCUGCGCGAGUCGAUCAGCAAGGUGCGCUCCAGCGUGGCGUAUGCCAUCUCGGCCAUCGCCCACUGGGACUGGCCCGAGGCCUGGCCGCGGCUCUUCAACCUGCUCAUGGAGAUGCUGGUCAGCGGGGAUGUGAAUGCAGUGCACGGAGCCAUGAGAGUGCUCACAGAGUUUACCCGCGAGGUGACAGACACUCAGAUGCCCCUGGUUGCGCCAGUCAUUCUGCCUGAGAUGUACAAGAUCUUCACCAUGGCAGAGGUCUACAGCAUUCGCACGCGGUCCAGGGCCGUCGAGAUCUUCACAACGUGUGCCAACCUGAUCUGUGCCAUUGACGAAGUGGAGAAGGGGGCUGCCAGGGCACUCAUCUUCCCCGUGGUCCAGCAGUUCACAGAAGCCUUCGUCCAGGCGCUGCAGAUGCCAGAUGGGAGCUCCUCAGACAGCGGCUUGAAGAUGGAAGUCCUGAAGGCGGUGACAGCGCUGGUGAAGAAUUUCCCCAAGCACAUGGUGUCCUCCAUGCAGCAGAUCCUUCCUAUCGUGUGGAACACGCUCACUGAGAGCGCCGCUUUCUAUGUGCGGACCGAGGUGAAUUACACUGAAGAGGUGGACGACCCCAUAGACUCUGACGGUGAAGUCCUGGGCUUUGAGAACCUGGUGUUCAGCAUCUUUGAGUUUGUGCACACCUUACUGGAGAACAAGAAGUUCAAGAGCACGGUGAAGAAGGCUCUCCCAGACCUCAUCUACUACGUCAUCCUGUACAUGCAGAUCACAGAGGACCAGAUUAAAGUCUGGACUGCCAAUCCACAGCAGUUUGUCGAAGACGAGGAUGACGACACCUUUUCCUAUUCUGUUCGGAUCUCCGCUCAGGAUCUGCUUCUGGCCGUCUCCACGGAGUUCCAGAACGAGAGCGCUGUGGCGUUGGCAGCAGCUGCCACCCGCCACCUGCAGGAAGCCGAGCAGGCCAAGAACUCGGGCAGCGAGCACUGGUGGAAGGUACAUGAAGCCUGCAUGCUGGCCCUGGGCUCAGUGAAGAGCAUCAUCACUGAUAAUGUGAAGAAAGGACGCAUCCAGUUUGACAUGCACGGCUUCCUGACCAGCGUCGUCCUGGCUGAUCUCAACAUCUCUGUGUCUCCCUUCCUUCUGGGCCGGGCUCUGUGGGCGGCCAGUCGCUUCACUGCAGCCAUGUCUCCGGAGCUGAUCCAGCAGUUUCUCCAGGCCACGGUCAGCGGGAUGCACGAGAGCCAGUCUCCCUCCGUCAGGAUCUCCGCUGUGAGAGCGAUCUGGGGCUACUGUGACCAACUCAAGAUCUCAGAGUGCACUCAAGUCCUGCAGCCCUUCCUGCCCAGUAUCCUGGACGGGCUGAUCCAGCUGGCCGCCCAGUUCAGCUCGGAGGUGCUCACUCUGGUCAUGGAGACCCUGUGCAUCGUGUGCACCGUGGACCCUGCCUUCACCUCCAGUGCAGAGAACAAGAUCUGCCCCCUCACCAUUGCCAUCUUCCUGAAGUACAGUAACGACCCCGUGGUGGCCUCGCUGGCCCAGGAUAUCUUCAAGGAGUUGGCUCAGAUUGAAGCCUGCCAGGGGCCCAUGCAGAUGAGACUCAUCCCAACGCUGGUCAGCAUCAUGCAGGCUCCAUCAGACAAGAUCCCAUCGGGACUGUGCUCUACGGCGAUCGAUAUCCUGACCACAGUGGUGCGGAACACCAAGCCCCCGCUGUCGGAGCUGCUGGUCUGCCAGGCUUUCCCAGUGGUGGCACAGUGCACCCUGCGCACUGACGACCACGCCACCAUACAGAACGGAGGAGAGUGUCUGCGGGCCUAUGUCUCUGUGGCUCUGGAGCAGGUGGGCCUGUGGCACGACGAGCAGGGCCACAGCGGGCUCUGGUACGUGAUGCAGGUGGUGAGCCAGCUGCUGGACCCACGCACCUCCGAGUUCACGGCCACCUUCGUGGGCAGGCUGGUCUCCACGCUCAUCGCCAGGGCAGGCACGCAGCUCGGAGACAACCUGGACCAGAUCCUCCGAGCCGUCCUCAGCAAGAUGCAGCAGGCAGAGACGCUCAGCGUCAUGCAGUCCCUGAUCAUGGUGUUUGCUCACCUGGUGCACUCUCAGGUGGAGCCCCUGCUGGAGUUCCUGUGCAGUCUGCCCGGCCCCACAGGAAAGCCAGCCCUGGAGUUCGUCAUGUCGGAGUGGAUGAACAGACAGCACCUCUUCUAUGGGCAGUACGAGGGCAAAGUCAGCACUGUGGCCCUCUGCAAGCUGCUGCAGCACGGCAUCAACACAAACGACAAGCGGCUGCAGGAGAUCCUGGUGAAGGGAGACGAGAUCUUCAACCCCGACGAAGGGAUCCGCACCAGGUCCAAAGCGGCCAAGAAUCCCGGGCGCUGGACCAGCAUUCCCUUGCUGGUGAAGAUCUUCAAGCUGAUUAUCAACGAGCUCUCCUCUGUGGUGGAGGCCAGCUCAUCCAGGACAGCAGCAGGAGACUGGAGCCAAGAGUCCAGUGAUAUGUGGGAAGACCAGGAUCACGAUGAGGAGGAGGAUGAUGAGGAGGAUGAGGAUGAUGGACUGACGGGGCAGCUGCUGUCAGACCUCCUCUCUUCCAAUAAAUACGAUGAAGAUUACUAUGAAGAUGAUGAAGAGGAAGACCCAGACGCUCUUAAAGAUCCAAUUUAUCAGAUCGAUUUGCAGGCAUACCUGACUGAUUUCCUCCGGCAGUUUGCACAGCAGCCUUGCUGCAGCAUGUUCUCUGGGCACCUGAACGAAGCGGAGAGGAAAAUCCUCCAAACCAUCGGCAUCUAGAAGAGCAGCCCUUAUCCCCUACGUCGUGUCUGAACGUUUCACCGUGGCGCGCUCUCCUUCUGUCAGAGACACGCCUCCUCCGUGCUCCAGCAUGUCUGUCGCUGGAGAAUGCCAGCUGCUUCUUUUUCCAUUUUUUUUUUUCUUUAAAAGCACCCUUUUUUUUAUUUUUUAGGACUGUAGGGAAGACCUCGCAAGGACUGGCGCUGUUAGAAACGAGGGAGGGAGUACGGGGGUCUGGGGAUCUUUUUAGAAGCAGGGAGGGGUGGGGGUGUUUGACAGUCCGUUUCUUGUGGAGGAGAAUUUAAAAAGCUGUCACUGAAAGAGGUCUGGAUGAAGUCUUUUAACGCAAGGGUGCAAUGCAUAGGGAAGCCAGUGGGGGGGGGGGCAUGGUUCCUGAGGUCCCAAGACCAAACGGACCUCUCUCUGUGUGUAAUGUUUAGCCCUCAUCUGUGGACCUUUUGUAAACCUCUUUUUAGAUUACGAACGACCUUUAUAGAUCCCUGGAAAGUAAAGUAGAGGCGGCUCCCAGAUUGCCUUGGUGAACAGAACACUGAGGUUGUGUGCACUCACCCAGCUUCUGUAGACCUGGUAGGGGCAUCGCUGGCAUUGCAGCGUUUUGUAUGGCCCGUCUGCUUUUAGCAUUGGGGUUUUAAUCAGAUUUCAUAGCGGCUGCACACGACCAGAGGCUAGCCAAUGAGAAUCUGAACUUCUCAGAACUAUAGGUAGUCUUCUAUCCAGACCGCCGUCGAUCCUACCCUACGCUUCCCCUCGGUUGUGAGACAUCCUUCGAUGGCCUACCCUGAGAACAGCUGUCCCAGAUUUAGAAGUAAUUCAGUCCGAGCAGGAGAGGCUGAACCCUUCCAGUACGGUCACACCUUUCCAAAUUCAUUCUGGGAAGCUCGUUUUCAGUCUGACGAUGGGAGCACCCCGGAUAGCGUCGCCACCUGCGCGCCAAAUGAAGGAGCGUUUUCCAGACCGGAAACCGGGAUCACAACUUUUAUACUACCGUACCCCCAAAACACUGCUUGCAGGAUUGAGAGCCUGUGUGAUCAUGGAUUAGACACAAGGGCUGUAUGGAAUUAAAGUGACUGGCAUGUAGCUGGCCUGUGAUAAAUGGCUGCAUGUUUUAGUGUGCGCCUCUGUUUCCCACUCCUACCUUGUGGGUGAAUUCCUGCUGUAUAAUAUAAAGCACUGGCCAGCGCUCGCGCUCAUACAGGAAGUUGCUGAGCACUCUGAGAAUUGUAGUUUUGUGCGUUGAUAAGACUACAGCAUUCCUUACCCCCUACGUUGGCACUAUAUUAUUGGGAGGUCAGUUUGGGAUACAGGGCACCCUCUCCCCCCUCCCCCCUCCCCGACCCAUGUAAACCAGCUGUGUCAACGAGGGCACCUGCUUAACAGGACAUGAAGUCCCCAUUUGUCUUCUGUGUCAUUUAUAGGAUGCUGAUUAUGAAAUAUGAAGUGAGUGACUGAAGUGAUCACGUCCAUAAUGCUGUGUCGCGUGACACCUGUUCGCCAUUUGUUCCCCCCCUUUUUAGUAGGGAAAAUAAAAGAGAAGUAAUGAAAAA